AGCGCAGCGCACGGCCACACACAAAGAGAGGGGAAAAUACACGGCGCCCGCCGCCCCCGGCAACUCCCCGGGCCGCCCGGCCAAGACCUCCGCGCGAGACCCCACUCCGCGGCCCCGCGCCCCCCCUUCCCCACGUGGCGCCCAAACUCGGCGCGGGCCCGCUCUGCAAAGUACAGAACUCGUGUCCCAGUGGAAUAGAAGAUGAACUCAACUGAAUUCAGUGAAGAUGUAGAAGAAGUUCUAAAGAAUAAUGCUGUGAAAGUGGAGACAGAGACAGAAAAUGCUGCCUUGGACUGCUCAGUGAACACCAGGUCUUCUGAGAAGCACCCACUGGACAGUGUGUUCACUGCCCUCCAGGACUCGAGCAAGCGGAAGCAGCCGGGCAGCGAUGGCCAGCCAGACUCUGUCCGCAGCGUGAAGAGGAGGCGGCUGAUACCCGAGGCACUCCUGGCAGGCAUGAGGAACCGUGAGAACAACUCACCUUCCCUGGGUAACGGAGAACAGGCCAGCAGGGGCAAGAAUGCGGGCUCUGCGUGGCCGGGCGAGGAGGACUCCUGCAAUGACAUGACCACCCCUUCAUACAAGAAGCCUCUGUACGGCAUCUCGCACAAGAUCAUGGAGAAGAAGAACCCUCCUGUAGGGGACCUGUUCAGCACCUACGAGCUCUUUGAGAAGGUAAAUGCCAACAACAGCCCCUCCCCACUUCGGCUCCUGAAUGAGCCACAGAAGCGGGACGGUGGCAGUGCCUCAUCGGCCACGGAUGGCGACCCCAACAUCUACUUCUUGAUCCAGAAGAUGUUCUACAUGCUAAACACCCUCACCUCCAACAUGUCCCAGCUGCACAGCAAGGUGGACCUGCUCUCCCUGGAGGUGAGCCGCAUCAAGAAGCAGGUGAGCCCCACAGAGAUGGUGGCCAAAUUCCAGCCACCCCCAGAGUACCAGCUCACAGCAGCGGAGCUCAAGCAGAUCGUGGACCAGAGCCUGUCGGGCGGCGACCUGGCCUGCCGCCUGCUGGUGCAGCUGUUCCCAGAGCUCUUCAGUGACGGGGACUUCUCCCGUGGCUGCAGCGCCUGUGGCUUUGCUGCCAAGCGGAAGCUGGAGUCGCUGCAUCUGCAGCUCAUUCGCAACUACGUGGAGGUCUACUAUCCCUCGGUGAAGGACACGGCUGUGUGGCAGGCUGAGUGCUUGCCGCAGCUGAACGACUUCUUCAGCCGCUUCUGGGCCCAGCGGGAAAUGGAGGACAGCCAGCCGGCCGGCCAAGUCUCAAACUUCUUUGAGGCAGAGCAGGUGGACACCGGCCAUUUCCUGGACAACAAAGACCAGGAGGAGGCCCUGUCUCUGGACCGGAGCAGCACCAUCGCCUCGGACCACGUGGUAGACACGCAGGACCUCACCGAGUUCCUGGACGAAGCCUCGUCGCCUGGUGAGUUUGCCGUCUUCCUUCUCCGCCGGCUUUUCCCAGAGCUCUUUGACCACCGGAAGCUGGGCGAGCAGUACAACUGUUACGGGGAUGGCGGCAAGCAGGAGCUAGACCCGCAGCGGCUGCAGAUCAUCCGCAACUACACGGAGAUCUACUUCCCCGACAUGCAGGAGGAGGAGGCCUGGCUGCAGCAGUGCGCCCAGCGCAUCAACGACGAGCUCGAGGGCCAGGGGCUGGACGGAGGCAGCGAGGGGGAGCCCCAGCGGGACGACUGCUAUGAUUCCUCCAGCCUGCCCGACGACAUCUCCGUGGUCAAGGUGGAGGACAGCCUCGAGGGGGAUCGUCCCGGCCGGCGGUCCAAGAAGAUAUGGCUGGUGCCCAUUGACUUCGACAAGCUGGAUGUCCCACAGCCGGACUUUGAGGUGCCGGGCGCCGACUGCCUGCUCAGCAAGGAGCAGCUGCGCAGCAUCUACGAGAGCAGCCUGUCCAUCGGCAACUUCGCCUCCCGCCUGCUGGUGCACCUCUUCCCCGAGCUCUUCACCCACGAGAACCUGCGCAAGCAGUACAACUGCAGCGGCUCCCUGGGCAAGAAGCAGCUGGACCCGUCCCGCAUCAAGCUCAUUCGCCACUAUGUGCAGUUGCUCUACCCACGGGCCAAAAACGACCGCGUCUGGACUCUGGAGUUCGUGGGCAAGCUGGAUGAGCGCUGCCGGCGCCGGGACACAGAGCAGAGGCGCUCCUACCAGCAGCAGCGCAAGGUCCACGUGCCCGGCCCCGAGGGCAGAGACCUGGCAAGCUACGCAGUCAACCCCGAGCGGUUCCGUGAGGAGUUCGAGGGGCCCCCGCUGCCCCCCGAAAGAAGCAGCAAGGACUUCUGCAAGAUUCCCUUGGACGAGCUGGUGGUUCCCUCGCCCGACUUCCCGGUGCCUUCUCCAUACCUGCUGUCAGACAAGGAGGUGAGGGAGAUCGUGCAGCAGAGCCUCUCCGUGGGCAACUUUGCCGCCCGGCUCCUCGUCAGGCUCUUCCCCGAACUCUUCACCGCCGAGAACCUCCGGCUGCAGUACAACCACUCCGGGGCUUGCAACAAGAAGCAGCUGGACCCCACGCGGCUGCGGCUCAUCCGCCAUUACGUGGAGGCGGUCUACCCGGUGGAGAAGAUGGAGGAGGUGUGGCACUAUGAAUGUAUCCCGAGCAUCGACGAGCGGUGUCGCCGCCCCAACAGGAAGAAAUGCGACAUCCUGAAGAAAGCCAAGAAAGUGGAGAAGUGACGGGCUUAUGGGGCACCACAGAAUGAGCAGUGGGUACCCUGGGGACUAAGCAUUAUUUCCGAGCACGUGUAUGGUAUCCACAGACAGGCACCUUAUGGCAGUGGGGAGUGGCUUACAUUUGCACACGUAAAUACCCACCACACCACAAGCAAAGAAGCCUCCGAUGUGGUCUCCUGUACUUACAACUUUUGCCCUGUCUUCUCUGGUGGCUCAGCCAGAGUUUGGGGACAGCUGAGCUGUGAGAGCAGAGAGGCCAGAGGGGUACGGGUCUUCUCCCUGGCUGUGUCCUCCCAACCCCUCACAAUCCGAAAUGCCAAGUCAGCAACUCUCUUGUUCCUCUUCCCACGUUUUACAUCUUCCAUUUUUAUAAAAAAAAUUUUUUUUAAUUAAAAAGAAAUCCUUUUAAAAAGAUUUAUUGGGCUCUUUUGGGCCAUUUACUGAGAAAAAAAUCUUUUAAAUAUUGGAGAUGAAGUACUGUAAGAUGAAUUUAAAUGGUAGGAUUUUUUUUUGUAAAGAUGGUUUCAGAUUUAUGAAAUUUUUAAAAGUGCCAUGUUCACGCAUGAUGGCUAAUCAUAGCUUCAGGCUCGGCAUAGACUGAUUUUACUGACUUUUUACAUCUAAUUUUGGAAGAGUCAAGAUACCCCUUGGAUGGCGAUAGAGGGGAUGGGGUAAUGCGAUGUCUUUUCCAGCCACGUCUGUAUUUUCUCUUCACUGUGGUGCCAUGGAAGGCUUCAGUGGGGUUUGGCCUGUCCCUCAUUGCCACAUCGGUAGAAUGUUGUGCUCACUCCUGUAGACAAGAACACUGGAUGAUGAUGACAUGAAUGUAGAUAGAUAUGGAAAUGCACAUUCACGAUGUCUGCAUCUGAGCUGUGUCCUUCCACUGCCCCUACACCCUCUCCAUACAUGGGUGCUGACUGGAGGGGUAGACACAUGUCCUUGGAAAAUGUCACAUGUGGAUAUUUGAUUCCUUGUUUGAUGUAAGGAUUGGCCCCUUUGGGCUUACCAGGAAGUGUUUACUUUCCAUGUGUGUAUUUGUACAAAAUAUGAGUUCUGGAGCUCUGUGGUGACUUUGGCACACCUCAGUGUUAGCUCCUCCAGUCAGUAGCACAUCCUGGUUCCUUGGGGCCUUCUUGGGGAUACCUGGCAUUGGAAGAACACAGGUCAUCUCAAAUGGGGCUCCCCUGACCCUUUCCAGGGUCCACUCAGAACUUCCCCCAGAGGGUCCUCCUGUCCUAUACAUGGCACAUUGCUUGACCUGGGGGCGAGGCACCUCCUCUCUCCUUGCCAGUCAGGAGGGUCACACUGAUCCAGGCCGGUGGCGUGCUUUCAAGGAGUGCCAACUGGAAACUCCCCAACAGGUAAAGUCCUUAAAAAUAUUUUUACCUGCCUGAUGUAUGGGGGUCACAUGCCUCAGAGGGAAAGGUAACGGUCUAACCUAAACUGAACACAUCCUACCAGAAACCUGGACAAUUAGCUGAAUCAUACGGAGUACUUGUAAAAUCCUUGUGGAAUAUUACACAUUAAUAACAUAAUGGCUUAAGAUUUUGCUACCAUAGAAUGCAGAAGUCAUAGAAACACUCUGAAUUUUCCUUAUACAGCUGAUAAGGACUUCAGUUCCACUGGCUGUGUGACAUAAUUUUGCUUCUUGUAUCCAAUGAUCUUUUUUAAAAAAUACAAGAUUCUGAACAAUGUAAGGUUCCUGACCUAACUUUAAUGAAUUUGCUUUUAAAUGUCAUUUAUAGGUUAUUUCUGUUGAAACUGCAAACCUAAGUUAUUGAAAUUUAGAAAUGCACAAGGACUUAAUGGCUCUCUUUCUCUCAAACACACACAUGCACACUCUUCUGAAUAGAGAACAUUAAGUGAGAUGAAAGGGACCAACAUGAAUAACGAGUUCAACUCUGUGCCUGGGAAGAAGGGACUGGGGCAGCCAGGAAACUCACCUUCCCCUUCUUUUGGGCCUUUCUCUAUGCCUUAGUCUCUCCACCACACGCUUGCAUGCAUGCACGCACAUGUGUACACACGCACACACACACCCUAUCCAAAGAUGGCGGUGGUGCUCUCACCCUCCAGCCCCACUGGUCAGGAGUGCCAUGAAGUUUGUUCUAGUCUCCAGGUUGUAUCCAAGAGGAUUCCAAGCCAUGUGAAAAUUUCCCUGCUUUCCAGAGGGUGGAAUGUGGCCCUGCAACUUCAGAAGCACAAUCAUUAAUUAAUAAUAAUAAAUCUUGUCUACCCAUGUUUAGAGAAAUGAGCAGGUUCUAGGAGUUAAAUAUGUCUCGUUGUAGCCUAAUGAAUGUUAAAAUUUUUGAAACCGUAUUUUGGUUGUUUCCUUAAUACCUUUCCCUUGUAGGGCUUCUUCCCCCAAAACAGUAGAGUCCCUUUUAGUGAAGAGAGGUGGAGACACUCUGGGAGCUGUUUUCUGUCCCCCCACCCCCACCUCCAUCCCACUUCAGGAAAUGCCUUCAGGCCCUGUGUGCUGUCUGUAUGGGGGCCUCAGCUUUCCCUCCAUACAGGUGGGUUCCACUGAUGUUUUUUUUUACAUGAAGCAAUAGAAGUACAAAAUCCUUAAUUUUUAAAAAUGUAAUGUGUUCCAUAAAAUCUGUUGGUAAAUACUCCCCCACCCCCACCUGAACUCUUUGAUUUUUACUUGUUUGUGUUUUGGAUUUUUUUUUUUUUUUUUUGUAGUGGGGGAGGCCUUGUAUUCCCAAGACUGAAGAAUUAGCACAGACACAUUCUGAUGUUAAGUAAAAUAGUAGGUCACAGUAGGUGGUAGUGUUCAUCAUUUUGUUAGUAAGUUUUAAAAGAAUGUAUGAAGAUAGUCAUGAAUGUACUGAGUGUUCUAAUCCUGCUUCAGUUCACUUUGGCUGUGUCUACAUGACAGCAGGCGUUUGACAGGGAAUGAAGUCGUGUCUGGUGUCAUGGGAGCUCGUGUGUCCCUCCCUCUCCCUUCAGAGUUGGCCCCCUGAACUGCCUUUCAAGUUUGUGGGGAGGGGCAACACAGCAGCAGCAUCAUCAACCACCCAGUGGGAUCUACUUAGUGGUGAACAGAUUAGCUGUUUAAGUGGUAAGAGUCACUGACCUGACCACAGCACAGUGUGGCCAUUGGGAUUCCUGUAGACAUGAGCUCCAUUUCCACCUCCCCCCAAAAAACAUUUGCUCUUUGCCUGAUGGAGAGGGGUCUCCACGUUCCCGAUUGGAGGUCACUGAGCUCUUACCCUGACUGGCUGUGUAGAUGGAUAAUACUGAAGUGGGGCCAAGGACUAGUACUGCUUCUUGGAAAUGCUUGCCUAGUGUAGAUCCAGCCUUAAUGCUUUCUGACAUCCUAGUAAUAGCAGACCCUGCACAAAGUGGAUAUCAGACUAAAUACUGUGAGGAGACAAAAUAAUGAAAAUAGUUUUACCAAAGAUAAUGAAAUGUCACAUUAUGUCUGCAUUUGACCGUUGAUUUGAGUGCAUUCUUAGAAAACUGAAUGUAAUGAAAACCCAGGACAUUUUUGGAAAUUGUAUGCUCUCUAGCAACUUUGUGUGAAUUUUUAUACAAGCACUGUUUUAUGAGUUACAUAAAAUGUUAUAAAAAUAGAAAAAAUAUGGUCUUGUAACCUCUUUUUUUCUCAGGUCACAGGUCUCUUUGUCUUACCUUGUGGGCUUCUCACCCCUUCCAGGUGAGAACGGGAGGUCUGGGUGUCUCAGCCCCUCGGGUUCACACACUCUGAGCAUCGGGGUAGAGCUCACGGGAUAUCAGCUGAAAGACAGACGUCACCAAAUAAAUCCAUCCCUGCUGCCUGGCCUCCUUGCCUGUGUGUAUACAGACCACUUGCUGACGACACAGUGGGAGUCGCUUUUGACCUUUUCUUACCUUUACCUGGCCAGGUACCAGACCAGCACCCUGGCCAAGCUCCCAGAGCUUCGUUUAACUUUUAACCUCUGUUUUCACUUUGGAUCAGAUGGGAUUAUUUUCUCAAAGUUAAAUAUUAGCUGGUACAUCAGUCAAUGUGCUAACAUAUCAGCUAUUACAUAUAUAUAUACUAUGUCAGAUAUAUUAGCUGAUAAAAGGAUGUAUGUUUUUUCUCCUCUCUUUGGCUAGUUAUGAAUGAUUUAAUCUUAAAUAGUAUUUUGUAGUAAGUAUAGCAUCUUAAGCUGCCAGAGAAACUUUCUUUUGGCCCAGGAGCCACAAGAUAUGAAGUAAGUAGUAGCUCAUGAUUGGAACACUUUUCCUACAGUGAAUGUUCACUUAUUUCCGAUUUGAUAGCCCUGAAAUAGAAUCUGUACAACUGACACUUCUCUGCUAAGCCUCAGAAGGUCAGCACUGGUCAGGGGCAGGAGCCCCAAGCACUAAAUUUACUAGCAAGCUUAAGCAAGAUUUGGAGAAAGGCUAAAUUUUUAAGCCCCUGCUGCCUGUGGUUAUCUUUCUUUUCUGCCAAAAAGAAAAUUCACAGGGCAUUUCAGUAUAUAAGGGCUUAUUUGUAAAAUCUAGUUCUCAGAAAGUACUUGCACACACCAAGUUAAUUAUACUCCUUAGGCUGGUGAGAUGCAAUGGACUGUUUAAGAAAAGAGAGCUCGCAGGUAAAGGGUGAAGUCCCCUGGGCAGUGGUAGGGAAGGGAAUGCGCGUUUGCUGACUGCUCCUUGCAAUGACACCUAACGUUCACUGAGCAUGUACUGUUGCCCAGCCACACCAUACCAGGAACUAUGCCUGGAUGAUCUCUUUUAAUCCCCUCAAAAGCUCUAAGAGGUAAACUGCAUAGUUAGAGUUAACAGUAAAAAAGCUAAAGGCCCAAGAGUUAACUUGUUCAGGGUCACUCAAAGAAUGAUGUAUGUACUCUCUCAUUAAUUGUUAUAAAAGCUCCGUGUUGUGGGGACUCUUAUUAUCUGUCUUGUGGUAAGAAGUGGAAAGGUUUCUUACCCAAGUUCACACAGUUGGCAAUGGCACUGCUGGGAUUUGAGCCCAAGCUUGCCUCUUUCCACCACACCACACCACACCAUCUCAGGAGCUAAACAAAAUAGGAAGAUUUUGUGCCACAAAAUAGGAAGAUUCUGACAUCCAAAACCAAAUACGAGUCGGGGCACCCUCUCUCACGCUGACACCCGCUUAAGCUCCAGUUUGUCUGAUGUCAGAUAUGGGUGUGCUGGUUUUAGAACUCCCCUAAGGGGAGUAACUGUGGCAGUGGUGGACAGACAUGUUCUGGUAAUAGUGAGUGACUACAUUUUUUGAGAUUGUGAAAGUAACUGCCGUGGGUCGCGUUCUCCAGAAGCAGAGCCCGAGACUGGGAUUCUUGUGCAAAGGGAGUGUUUUCAGGAGAAGGGACAUGGCAGAAGCCACUGGGGCAGGGAAAGUGGCCAGCAGGAGUGUGGUCUCCAGUGGAGUCCAGCUUUAUUUCCACCCCUGGGGAAGCCCUCAAGCAUGAAUGUUGUUGGGUGCCAUGGAGUUGAUUCCAACUCAUAGCGACCCAACCUGGCAGUAAAACUGCCCCAUAGGGUUUUCUAGGCGGUAAUCUUUAUGGGAGCAGAUUGCCAGGUCUUUGUCCUGCAGAGCCACUGAGUGGGUUCAAACAGCCAGCCUUUAGGUUAGCAGCUGCGUGUUUGACUGUUGUGCCACCAGGGAACAUGAAUAACAAGGCAGAAUUAGUCCCACAUUGAGGCAGUGGCCAGUCGGUCCUUGUCCGAGGUCUGACCCCUGGAAGGGAGUACCCUCCCUGGGAAGGUGGCUGCCUUUGGCUAAGGGCUGCCCUCCAGAGGAGGGGCUGUGAGUGGUCAGCAGCUGCCUUCACAGCCGCUAGGGAUGGGUGCGCUAGGGGAGCCUGCGCAGCUGGUAAAGGGGGCCUGGUUGGGACUCCAUCAGCAUCCAGCUCAGCAGUGGGUUUCCAACUUCAGCAGGCAUCAGAAUCACCAGACCAGUUCCCACCAAGUCAGUUCUGACUUACAGUGGCCCCAUGUGUGUCAGAGUAGAACUGUGCUCCAUAGGGUCUUCAAUGGCUGAUUUUUUGGAAGUAGAACACCAGGCCUUUCUUCUGAGGUGCCUCUGGAUGGACUGUAACCUCCAGCCUUUCAGUUAGCAGCCAAGCAUGUUAACAGUUUACACUAUCCAGGGACUAGGAUCAUCAGAGUGUUUGUUAAUACACAGGUUGCUGAAGCUCCCCCCCUCACCCCCAAGCUAUUCUGAUUCAAUAAGUUUGGGGUGGGGCCUAAGAAUUAGCUUUUCUAACAAGUUCCCAAGUGAUGCUCAUAUUGCCAGUCCCGGGACCACACUUGGAGAAACACUGCACUACUAUAACUUCACAAAAUAUAAUAGAGAAACUGAAGGGUUAGCAUUUUCCUGAUUAUCAUCUGAGCUGAAUUAAGUGGUUUCCUGUUGUGUUCAAAGAAAACCGACUGCUUCUUGACUAGUGGUAAACUAAAUCCUAGCUUUUAGACCAGUGGGAAAAGACAGGUUUAUAAAUGCUUCAGCAUCAGGACUUGUGGGCACUGGCCAAAUGUGAAGGCAUUUUCCAGAGCAUUUCUGGAGGGGGAAGGCUGCCGGUUGAUUUUAUCCUAAGGAGUAAGAAUACAUUUGUUCUUCUAAAUAGAGAGAUCAUAUUCCAGAUGGUGAGCGUGUCCUUGACAGGCUGAGAGCCUACAGUGCCACAGCUCCUCCUUGCAGGAGCUCCUGCAACGUGACAGCUGUGUAUGUAGGAGUGAGGGGCCUUAAAUUACAGGGAGUUCUGACUUCAGUUCCUGUCUUAGUUAUCUAGUGCUGCUAUAACAGAAAUGCCACACACAAAUGGAUGGCAUUAACAGACAGAAAUUUAUUCUCUCAUAGUUUAGGAGACUAGAAGUCCAAAUUCAGGGCACUCAGAUCCAGGGGAAGGCUUUCUCUCUCUGUUGGCUCUGGGGGAAGGUCCUUGUCAUCAAUCUUCCCCUAGUCUAGGAGCUUCCCUGUGCGGGGACACCGGGUCAAAAGACACACUCCGCUUCUGGCUCUUCUAUCUUGGUGGUAUGAGGUCUCUCCUCUCUGAUUGCUUCUAUCUCAAAAGAGAUUGACUCAAGAUACAACCUAAUCCUGUACAUUGCAUCCUGCCUCAUUAACAUAACUGCCUCUAAUCCUGCCUCAUCAACAUCAUAGACGUUAGGAUUUACAACACAUAGGAUAAUCAUGUCAAAUCGCAAAAUGGAGGACAACCAUCCAAUACUGGAAAUCAUGGCCUAGCCAAGUUGACACACAUUUUGGGGGGACACAAUUCAAUCUGUAGCAGUUUCCAUUAAAUGAGCACCUGUGAUGGGUCAGAGACUGCCAGGGACUUGACAUACCUUAUUUCAUUUAAUCCUCAGAAACCCUAUGGGGUAGAUAUUUUUAUGCCCUAUUUUACAAAUGGGGAAACUGAUGCCUUCAGAGGUUGAUUUUGUCAAAGUCAUAACAGCUGGCAGAGCUGAGGGCCCCGCUAAUGGCCAGGCUCUUGAUUUCUGUGCUCCCGCCUGUGUAGCUGUGCAGAGUAAAUCAAUUUCUCCAGUUCUCUCCCCUAGUGGUCCUCUACAAUUUGGGAGUUGCUGACGGCCCACAGUCUCUGCAUCUCUGGAUCUGCCCCAGUGAGAGAGCAUUUGACUCAGGAAACUUCUCAGUGCCACAGGGAAUAGAACAAGGAAUGCUUGAGUCAUCUCUGCCCCUACAGGAGGUUGAUUCAUUCAGCAAAUAUCUCGGGAGUGCCUGCUGUACUGCUGGACACUGCUCCAUAAUUCUAACAAGUCCCAACCGCAUUUGUUGUUAGCUGCCAUUUAGUCAACUCCAACCCAUGGCGACCACAUGUGCGUCAGAGUAGUACUGCUCCGUAGGGUUUUCAAAGCUGUGACCUUUCAGAGGCAGAUUGCCUCUGGAGAGGCUUGAAACGCUAACCUUUCAUCCUCAUUUGUUGUUGUUAGGUACCGUCAAGUCGAUUCCGACACACAGGAACCCUAUAGGACAGAGUAGAACUGCCCUGUAAGGUUUCCAAGGAGGAGGUGGUGUAUUUGAACUGCCGACCCUUUGGUUAGCAGCCAAGCUGUUAACCACUGUGCCAUCAGGGCGUCUUCAUAAAAAACCAAAACCAAACCCAUUGCUGUCGGGUCGAUUCUGACUCACAGGGACUGGAUAGGACAGAGUAGAACUGCCCCAUAUAGUUUCCAAGGAGCGCCUGGUGGAUUCCAACUGCUGACCUUCUGGUUCGCAGCUGUAGCUCUUAACCACUACGUCACCAGAGUUUCCAGUUAGUCGGUAGUUAAUAAGACAGACUGAGUUUGGAGAGAAGGUUCUGGUGGUAAACAGCACAAAAUCUGUCAUUUCUUACCUGAAAUGGAUUUCGAAGCUGUAUGUAGGUAAAACCAGACUGGGAGCCCUGGCUCCUCCCUUGGUGCAGACGGAGGAGGCCAACACAGUUGGAAUCGGCUGGACUCUGGCCUGAGGCACACCUGGGAGACAGCACAGCUUCCUGACUCUCCUGCUUCUCACAGGACUGAAACACAGUUGCGAAGUAUGAGGUGAAUGCUGACUGCAGAAUUCAAUAACCCUGGUCUUUCUGGUGUUCGGUUUGUGCUCUUUCUGACACCUGGUGGCACAGUGGUUCAAGCACUCGGCUGCCAACCAAAAGGUUGACAGUUCAAACCCACCAGCUGCUCCACGGGAGAAAGAUGUGGCAGCCUGCUUCCAUAAAGAUUCACAGCCCUGGAAACCCUAUAGGGCAGCUCUACUCUGUCCUAGAGAGUCGCUGUGAGUCGGAAUUGACUGACAGCAAUGGGUUAUAGUAUGCAUUUACCUAUUUCAUGUGAAAUCAUAUAGUAUUUGUCCUUUUGUGUCUUCAGCAUAAUGCUUUCAAGGUUCAUCUAUGUUGUAGCAUGUUAUCAGGACUUCACUUCUCUUUCCUAAUAUCUCCUUAAGGAGCCCUGGUGGCACAGUGGUUAAAGCACUCAGCUGCUAACCAAAAGGUCAGCGGUUCAAACCCACCAGCCACUCCUGGAGAGAAAGAUGUGGCAGUCAGCUUCUGUAAAGAUUAGAGCCUUGGAGCAGUGUAAGUGCCCAUCAACAGAUGAAUGGAUAAACAAACUAUGGUACAUCACACAAUGGAAUACUACACAACGAUAAGGAACAAUGAUGAAUCCAUGAGACAUCACACAACAUAGAUAAAUCUGGAGAACAUUAUGCUGAGUGAAAUAAGCCAAUUAGAAAAGGACAAAUAUUAUGUGAGGCCACUAUUAUAAAAACUCAAGAAAAUGUUUACACACACACACAAAAACAAUCUUUGAUGGUUAUGAGGGAGGGGAGAGAUGAGGAGGGGAAAUCACUAACUAGAUAGUAGACAAGUGCCAACUUUGGUGAAGGGAAAGAAUAACAAUAUAGGAGAAGUCAGCACAACUUGACCAAGGCAGUCAAAGAAGCUUCCUAGAUAUAUCCAGACACCUUGAUGGACUGAAUUGCUGGCACUGAGGGCUGGGGACCAUGGUCUCAGGGAACAUCCAGGUCAAAUGGCAUAACAUAGUUCAUAAAAUAUUCUACAUCCUACUUUGGUGAGUAGCAUGUGGGGUCUUAAAAGCUUGUGAGCUUUUGUGUGAGACUGACUUGAUCUGUAAACUUUCACUUAAAGCACAAUAAAAAUUAUUAAAAAACUUGUGAGCAGCCGUCUAAGAUACGUUUAUUGGUCCCAUCCCAUCCAGAGCAGAGGAGAAUGAAGAAAACCAAUGACACAAGGAAAAUAUCAGCCCACAGAACUAAAGGACCACAUGAACCACAGCAUCCACCAGCCUGAGCCCAAAAGAAUUAGAUGGUGUCCAACUACCACCACCUACAGCUCUGAUAGGGAUCAUAGUAGCGGGUCCUGAACAGAGUGGGCAGAAAAUGUAGAACAAAAUUAAAUACCAGACUUACUGAUCUGACAGAGACUGGAGGAACCCCCGAGAUUAUGGCUACCAGAUACACUGCUAACUCAGAAUUGAAGUGACUCCAAAAGUCCACCUUUCAGCCAAAGAUUAGACAAGCCUCUAAAACAAUAACAAGUGAGGAACAUGCUUCUUAGUUCAAUCAAAUAUACGAGACCAAAUGGGCAACACCUGCCCAAAAGCAAAGACAAGAAGGCAGGAAGGGACAGGAAAACUGGACAAACGGACACAGGGAACCCAGGGUGGAAACGGAAAGAGGGAGAGUGCGGACAAAUUGUGAGGAUUGCAACCAAUCUCACAAAACAAUUUGUGUCUAAAUUUUUGAAUGAGAAACUAAUUAGCGCUGCAAACUUUCACCUAAAGCACUUUUUUUUUUUUUAAAGAAAAGAAAGAAAAAAAGAUUACAGCCUUGGAA